AUGUUUCACGAUGGGUUGGCGGUUAGUGAGGUUUUACUCAUACAGUUUGGAUUGUCUGAUGCAAUGUGCUCACUUCCGGGUAGCAGCUCAUCAGAUGGGACACAAGUCAGCAUUCAUAAAUGGUACUUUACUAAAGAGGAGGCUGCAAACACUGCCAGCAUCCGUGAACAUGGAUUUAGUCCAGAAAAAGAGUUGACGUAUAGGCAGCAAGCAACUCGCUUCAUACAAGUAAUGGUAGAUCAAUUGAACCAUAAUGUACGAGAUCAACGAGGAAAGAUAUCCCAGUUGUGUAUGUGUGCUGCCAUAAUGCACAUGCACCGAUUCUUCUGCUUCCAUUCCUUCAAGUUCUUUGAUUACAGGGAUAUUGCGGCUGCUUGUUUGUUCCUUGCUGGGAAAAGCGAAGAGUGUCCGAGGAAGCUUGACCAUAUUGUUCGUGUUUGGUGGGCCAAAAAGUUUGAACGUCAUCCCACGAUCCCUUCGAGUAAUCACCACAUCGAGGCAGCGCAGCUCAUUGUGCAAUUGGAAAAUGUCAUCCUUCAAACAAUAGCAUUUGAUCUGAAGGUCGAGAUGCCACAUCCAUUCGUUCUGGCUGCAAUGCACGAGAUUGCCAAUAAUAACAAGAAACUCACUGAGUGCGCAUACUUUUUCGCCACCGAUGUUCUGUGCGUGACAAAUUGGGCAAUCCGAUACAACGCGAGUGCGAUAGCAUGUGUUUGUGUACACCUCGUGUGCGUAUACGCUGGAUACGAGAUUCCUCCUCCCGCUCCCGGUGAGAAAGCGUGGUUUGAAAAGCUCGAUCCAUACAUGACACAGGAUCUUCUCAAUGAGAUGUCCCUAGAAUUUGCUAGCAUUUACAAGUCGUGCAGAGAAUGGUUAGCACUCACGCGCUUUGUGGCCAAAGGAAUCGUGAAACCGUCGACACCUAGUCCAAAUCCGGCAAGAAGUCCGGCAGAAGAGAAGGAGAUACUUCCUCCGCCUCCCCCACCUCCUACUUUCCACAAAAAAGUGGAUUUAUCAGAGUACAAGGAGCGAACGAAGUCCUUAGGACCAAGUAGUGAUCGCUCAUCUGCAGAACGAGCACCACCUCGGCGCAGUUUUAUUCCGGACACUUCCCAGGCUAGGCCAGAUCUAUCUAUGCCCACGCUUGCUCUGCCCGGCCAAGAACCAGUUGCUCCAUCGCCAUUGGCUGCACAACCGUACGAAAACGGCCACAAAUCUAGAGAGGAGCAUAGCCGGAGAGAAGAAGAACGAAGAAGGGAGAAAGAACGUCGUCGACGAGAGGAGCGGGAAAGACAUGGCCACGCUGAGAGACCAGAGGAGAGGGAAAGACGAAAAGACGAGGAGCGUCGGAAAAGAGAGCAUGAUCGGAUUUCCGGUGGUAGUGGCCCACAUCCACCACUCGAGAAAAGAUCUCGCCAUGAGCCGCCAUCGUCAUCGUUCACACAGUCUUCCAUGGGUUCUUCAAGUGUGGGAAGUGGAUCAAAACCGCCGAGACCUAUGUCGCAGGUGCAAGUUACACACCAUUCCACAUCUCAUUCCCACGUUCCCAAUAGUGCGAACGGGUCGCAUUCUCGAAGAGAAAACGAUGUCAUAAAGAGUUCAUCUCAAUAUUGUCGUGCAAUGGAGCCGCCGCGAGCGCUCUCACCACCUCCUUUACCACCGUCUGUUUUGCCGCCGCCUCCUCCACCUCCUGCAGCAAUCGCUGAAUUAGAGGACGGUGAAUUAGAGUGA